AUUUGGUGUUAUUUUCACGUUUUCUGCUAACCCGGUCAGCCCGGCACGUCCCUGUCACAGCGCUGCAGCCCAGCUCGGGCAGCAUUACCCGAGUGCUUAUAGCAGUGCUCUUUGUUUGGUUUGGUUUUUUUUCUUUUUCCCUUUGGACUUUGUGAGGCUUGAGUGUGAGGCUUCCUUGACCGUGCUGUGGGAUUGUAUGGUAUGAAAAAAGCUGCUGGCAGCAACAGCCAGAGAUCCUGAGGUUUUCUUUUGCUGCCCUGCACCUGUUCUGCAGCUCUGCUACAAAGAGGUGACACCAAGGAAAGCCUUUAAUGCCCGUGGGGAUUCCAACAGGAAAAUUUUCUUGACCUUGUGUCUGGGUAGUUCUUGAGGAUGGCAAGCAAAGGACCCACAGCUCCUACAUCAACCAAGAGCUCCAGCACUGGAGGGACCAGUGGCAGCAGCAGUAACGGUCCCGGGGACAACACUAAUCAGGACAACACUUUUGAAUGUAACAUCUGCUUGGACACUGCCAAGGAUGCAGUGAUCAGCUUGUGUGGGCACCUCUUCUGUUGGCCUUGUUUACAUCAGUGGCUAGAGACCAGGCCAAACAGGCAAGUGUGUCCUGUAUGCAAAGCAGGAAUCAGUCGAGAUAAAGUUAUUCCUCUGUAUGGAAGAGGUAGCACUGGGCAGCAGGACCCCAGAGAGAAAACUCCACCACGACCCCAAGGACAGAGACCUGAACCAGAGAACAGAGGGGGAUUCCAGGGCUUUGGCUUUGGUGAUGGUGGCUUCCAGAUGUCCUUUGGAAUUGGGGCGUUUCCCUUUGGUAUAUUUGCAACAGCCUUCAACAUAAACGACGGGCGACCUCCUCCAGCUGUUCCAGGGACUCCUCAAUAUGUGGAUGAGCAGUUCCUUUCCCGCCUCUUCCUGUUUGUGGCACUGGUGAUAAUGUUCUGGCUGUUGAUUGCAUAAAUCUUUUCCAUUAUUCUAUAUAUUCAUGACCAACAAGGCCACUGAAACAGUUACAAACUGCAUCCCCAUCCCACUUUAAACCUCUUGGUCUGGUUCCGUAGCUAACUAUGGGCUUCAGGAAUUGGUGGUACCACAGCACAAUGAGGAAUCUCGCAUUUUGCACCAGAGUUGGAAAUUAAACAUUGGUUAAAAAGCGUAUUUCAGCUCAGAUAUCUUGUACAACAGGUUCCUGCCACAAACCACAGGCCUAGCGUUGAGCUGUGCUCCCAAGGGAGUGCUGCUCUGAAAUCCUGUGCCAAUCAGUGACACCAGGUCUGUGGGACAGACAGGGACCCCCAGAUCCUGGGGGUUUCCUGGGCAGGUCAGGAAACUUCUCCAGUGUGACCAGUAUCUCAUGCUUUGCAACCACGAUGGAUCUGCCAGAGCUGCAGAUGUUAUUUAAUGUCUCCAUCAACAUCCAGCCUUCUCCAGGAAAUCACCUGCAGCACUGCUGACACUCUUUGGGCACAGCACAUGGUGCAAAUGGAACCGGGUCCGGAGACUGGUUCCUUUUCCUGCUGUUGUUUCCCAGCGUGAUGGAAACCCCUUCCUGACGCGGUUCUGACGGCUGCUGGAAGAAGGGAUACAAAUUUAUGCUGCAAUUUUUUAAAGCCUGAACAUGCUGGAGCCAGACACUGGAAGGAUUCUCUGGCUGUGGAGCCGAGUGGGGCUGGACACAGCCGCUGCCUCACCCAGCCCAGUUCCUCACUGACCAGCAGUGUUGUCUCCCCUGGCUCUGCACAGCCCCGGGGCUGCACUCGUGGAUAAUCCCCUCACCCCUCACAACCUCGUCACGGUAGCGACAGUUAUCCCCUCCCAAGGCUUUGAGACUUUCUACGCAAGGUCACGUCCUCCAAAUAAAAUCCUAUUACAGAUCCGAGAUCAGCUCGUUCAGGGAGAGGAACAAAAGGCAUCUUUACGUGAGGUUUGAGGUUAAACCUGUCAUACUGUAAAAUUGCACAGGAGGAAAAAUGAGAUCCUGCCUUUGCCAGCACAUGCACGGUAGGGAACACUUGGAAGACCUUCUCUCUGCAGGUGCACACAGCUUCUCCGAGCCACAGCAGAACGGCCACAGCACAAGAGUCUCUGCAGUGUCUACCAAAGAGUUUAAUUUGAAGUGCUGGAGGAGACCACAACCAUUAAUGUGCUGAGGGGAUAUUUCAGAAGGUGAGCACUCUGUAGCCGUUUUGGAAUCCUGCUGGGUAUUCAGCUUUAAAGAGUACUCCUGAUGUAUUUGUGUAGAUUCCUUCACAACAGCAGAUACGAGAGAUUCCCUAGCAAGAUUAACAGUUCUCAUAUUUCUCUGACUAGGCAAUUCCAUUUUUUUUUCUCUUAUUGUUUUUAGAUUGUUUCGAUUCAGGUGGCUGAUAGUCUCAUUGAUUUCCUGCAAGAUGAAUAUUGUGACUUCUCUGACAAUAGACAGAAAACUGACAAAACAAAUCAACAAAUAGAAACUUUGUUUCAA